AGUCUUUAUCAUUUGCUUGUGACCGCGAUAACAAUUCAGUGUUCCUCUGCCGCGUAAGCACCAAGCAAUCUGUGUUGGUUCUUGCACUCUCCGAGUAGAAUUGGCCAUUGGCCUCAAUUUCCGGCCACCGGCAAGCCCUUCCCCUCCUCCGAUCUCGCUGCCCAAGGUGAUAUCGAAUUGGGGGGCUAGGGUUUCCAAUUUUCCAGACCGCGCUUCGGAACUCGACUCUGUCGUGGUAGAGCCUGGCAGUCGAGAAUUUAUUUUCGAGGCUUGGGAGAAGGAAGUCGGUUGCUUGGUGGAUGAGAUUCUAUUUGCAGUCCUGGGGCUUUUAGGGGCAAAUGGCGCCUAUAUUCUAUAUCCUCGUGGCAUUACCUUGCACAGCCGGGGCCAUUGCUUUGGCACUUAUCCACAUCUACAGGCACCUAUUGAAUUAUACCGAACCCACUUAUCAGAGAUACAUUGUUCGCAUCAUAUUUAUGGUUCCCGUUUAUGCAUUGAUGUCAUUCUUGUCACUCGUCCUAAAUGAGAGUUCAAUCUAUUUUAAUUCCAUCCGAGAAAUAUAUGAAGCAUGGGUGAUUUACAAUUUCUUAUCAUUGUGCUUGGCUUGGGUGGGUGGCCCAGGAGCCGUUGUAUUAAGUUUAAGUGGGCGGGUUCUGAAGCCAAACUGGUGUUUGAUGACAUGUUGCUUUCCUCCCAUUCCAUUGGAUGGGCGGUUUAUUCGGAGAUGCAAGCAAGGAUGUUUGCAGUUUGUAAUACUCAAGCCCAUUUUAGUAGCAGUCACGUUAAUACUUUAUGCGAAAGGGAAAUAUCAUGAUGGAAAUUUCAGUCCAGACCAGUCAUAUCUUUAUCUGACAAUCAUCUAUACCAUAUCAUAUUCAUUGGCACUCUAUGCACUGGCCUUGUUUUAUGUAGCUUGCAGAGAUUUGCUUCAGCCAUUCAAUCCAGUUCCAAAGUUCAUAAUAAUCAAGUCCGUUGUUUUCCUGACGUAUUGGCAGGGUGUUCUCGUUUUUCUUGCUGCAAAAUCUGGAUUCAUAAAAGAUGCUGAGGAUGCUGCUGAAUUUCAGAAUUUUAUCGUUUGCUUAGAGAUGCUCAUUGCAGCUGUUGGCCACCUUUAUGCAUUUCCCUACAAGGAAUAUGCUGGUGCUAAUAUUGGAGCCUCUCGUGGGUUCACAGCAAGCCUUGCACAUGCAUUGAAGUUAAACGACUUUUACCAUGAUACAGUGCACCAGUUCGCUCCUACUUACCAUGACUAUGUGCUUUACAACCAUAGCGAGGGUGAAGAGGGUCCAAGGAAGUAUCGAUCAAGGACCUUUGUUCCAACUGGUCCGGAGAUGGAUGUUGUCAGAAAGAACAAGCAUUUGUUUGGCAACAAGUCGGACGAUGUACAGCUAGUCAGUAUCUCUUCUUCAGGUAGCAGUACUCCCCAAAACUUAGCUAUAUCAGAAGACACUAAAAAUUCUGAGGCAAUGAACUCUUCCUUGCUCAUGGAUGUCUCGAAUUCUCCCACUGUGCCCUACGAUCUGUCGCUCAUUGACAUCGACCUGUCUAGUUACCCUUCAAAGGUCCCUGCAGCUAACAAAAUUGGACCCAGAUGACGGUGUCCAAAGAGUAGUAGUCUUAAUAUGUGGACUCAAAAGACACAUAGUUUUUUCUGGUUGUUUGCCUGUAAUUGGUCUCGGUUUCUUCAACUUGUGUAUGUAGGGAAGCUCCCAGCUCUUGACACUGAAGUUGCCAUGUUAGGCUUUGUACAUGUAGGCAGAUCUUCCCCCCCGAUUUUCAUGCUGUGUGAUUCACAUUACACUUGAAAAAUAGGCUUUUGCCGCCGCCAUUUUCAUCUACCUGGACACUACUAGCACUGACUUCUUGUUUGUUAUGAACAUGAGGAGAGGCACGUUCAGUAUCUGGCUGCUUUAUGUGUGUUCUGUUGUAACUAUGAACUUGAGAAAGAUUGCAUUAUUAAGUGCCACACUCUUCUUCAUCAAUAUGACAAUAUAUUGCAUUGAUGUAUU